AUGGUGCUGGUGGAUAAUACUGCCAACUCGAAUGUCGGUGAAAUGUCCGGCAGUUUAUCCAGUCAGCUGAACGCUGCCAGAAGAAGACCCGACAACUCUGACGGAAGUCGCCCUGACAACCCGAAAUCAUCUGCCCGUGGCACUGAUCUGAGGAUGCUGCUUGCUCGCUUCUCUGCUUCAUGGACCAUUGGUAUAUCCAGUUUUCAUCAUUCCGCCCCUCUUCUGUUGCUCUUUCCGUCUUGCGCUCCUUUUUGCCCCGAUCUCUGCUACCGGUUCUACUUAUCUCAUCUUCGUUUGUCUAGCCACUCUCGGACAGACACAGCCUCCCGGCUUCCUGCCCAUCUUCUGAUAUGCCUUUCGGGUUCCAGCCAGCCACCCACGCACCCACCGAAACGAGACCUAGACACAGAUCCAUCCAACCGAGACGCAGAUCUCGGUGAGGCUGUGCUCCUGCCUCGCCAGCGGUUGCCAUCGGAUCCAAGUGGAGGCGGGAGUAUGGCGGAAUCGUGGAUCAAGGCCUCCGUCCGAUGGGCUCCACCACCUGAACAGACCAACAGGCUGUCGAGCAGAUGGGCCGACGUGAUACGUCUGGAUUGUCGGCUGUACCUCUUCUCUUUCAUCGAUCGGCAUGACACCUCUGUCCGGUUCAGCAUGGUCGGGAUCCGGAAUAGUUCUCGGCCAAUCCGAGAUGACAAUGGAGGCGACCGGAUAGGCCUACAAAUCAGAUUGCUACGACUGGACAGAAGAGACAGCCGAAAAGAAGAGAUUGGGCUUCGAGGUUGUCCGGACCCAGAUCAGACGGCCUUUUUGCUGGCUCAGCAGAGUUAUCUUGUCGUAGUGAAUCGGGAACAUCCGUCCAGAGAUACAGCAGCUGCCUGCUCGAGAUGA